GGCCGGAGCAGUCCAUCUCAAGAAUUAAUACUAUAAAGAAAACCUGAUGGGACUUCUCCAGAUUGUCCCCAGCCGAUUAAUUUCCCAACUGUAUUGUGGAUUGAAGUCUCCAGUUGCCACGGGAACCAAGAUUUGCCUAACAAUGGCUCGUCCAAGUUCAAGUAUGGCCGAUUUUCGGAAACUUUUUGCAAAAGCAAACCACAUAGUCAUCAUUUCAGGGGCUGGUAUUAGUGCUGAAAGUGGGAUUCCAACUUUCAGAGGAGCCGGAGGUUACUGGAGGAAAUGGCAAGCUCAGACCCUGGCCACUCCUGAGGCCUUUGCCCAAAACCCGUCCCUGGUGUGGGAGUUCUACCACUACCGGCGGGAAGUCAUUCAGCGCGUGAAGCCAAAUCCCGGGCACCUCGCCAUCGCUGAGUGUGAGGCCCGGCUGCGUGAGCAGGGCCGCCGGGUCAUGGUCAUCACCCAAAACAUCGAUGAGCUGCACCGCAAGGCUGGUACCAAGAACCUUCUGGAAAUCCAUGGUAGUAUAUUCAAAACUCAAUGCACCUCCUGUGGGGUUGUGGCUGAGAAUUACAAGAGUCCAAUUUGUGAAGCUUUUGCAGGAAAAGGUGCUCCAGAACCCGAAACGCAAGAUGCCAGAAUCCCAAUGGAGAAACUUCCCCGGUGGGAACUUCCUCCUUGGUUUAUCCUGCUGCUAUGUUUGCCCCUCAGGUGUCUGCCAGGGGUGUGCCAGUGGCUGAAUUUAACAUGGAAAUCACCCAAGCCACAAACAAAUUCAGGUUUCAUUUCCAGGGGCUCUGUGGUAGGACCCUUCCUGAAGCCCUGGCUCCUCAUGAAACAGAGACAGUUUCUUAAUUGUCCUGGGAAGGAAGAGAUUAUAGUACAUCUAAGUACCAGGCCACAAACAGAAGACACACAGUCUUGUGGAUGGGAGCUGAAUAUUGGAAGAUCUAAAAAUAGUCUCUGAUUUUCUGGCUGGGAUCCAACCUGUUGAUAAGUGGUAGGGGCCUUGGAGGUAACUGUAGCAAAUAUAGGUACAAGAAGUCAGAGAGCUGUAAAGUAAAUGCAUGUUAUUUGGUUUGAACUUAAACAUAACAUACCUCUGAUCCUCUGAUGUGUUUGAUUGAUUAUUGAGGGGGGAAAUUCUAAUUAGAUUGUCUUAAAAAUGUAAUUAUCCCAAUCGUAUUUUUGCUAUUUGUCAAAGAUAGAAGUAGAAAGGUAAAACAUUGCUAUUUCUGAUUUUUAUACAAAUUUUGAUGUAAAAUAAAAUCACUCUCUACAGGAGGUAAUAUAUGGUA